AUGGAGGGACAUUUUGGGUGUGGAAUAAGCUGCAGCAGUAAUGGUGCUGCUGCUGUGGUUGAACAAGAAGCAGCUUUUUGUUGGAGAAAGGGGCCAUGGACUGCGGAAGAGGACAAGCUGCUGAUCGAGUAUGUCAAACUGCACGGCGAAGGACGAUGGAACUCUGUCUCCAGGCUUACAGGGCUGAAGAGGAAUGGGAAGAGUUGCAGAUUGAGGUGGGUGAAUUACUUGAGGCCAGACCUCAAGAGAGGCCACAUCACCCCACAGGAAGAGACCAUUAUUGUGGAGUUGCAUGCUAGGUGGGGGAACAGGUGGUCCACUAUUGCGAGGAGCCUGCCAGGGAGAACGGACAACGAGAUCAAGAACUACUGGCGAACCCACUUCAAGAAAAAGACCAAAGUGCCCCUCCUCGACGCCUCCCAGAAGGCCAGGAACCGCCUCCUCAAGAGGCAGCAGUUCCACCAACAGCAGAAGGAGCAGCUGAACCAGCUGGACAUGAAAAAGAGGAUUUCCUUGCUCGACGACGACACCAACAACGAUGACAAUUACCACGUGGCUCAGUUCAGCGGCAGGCAAGAAGCCGCCGCCGCGGCCAAUAGUAGUAGUAGCAGCAGCAGCAGCAACGGUUCUGUUUACACUGACAGCGGCGAGGAGCAUAGGAUUUUCUUUGGGAACGAUAUGUUACAGGCGGCAGAGGAAGGGAGUCUGUGGGACGACGAGGGGCUGUGGAGCCUGGAAGAGUACUUCCAUGCGGCGGCGGGAAGAGUCCCGGCGAACUUAGUUGCACCUAAUUUUUGUUGA